CAUCAAAACUAACGCACAAAUUUUGAGAGCCCGUUUUAGAAACAGAAAACUUAGGCCCAUCAGAUUCCACGUCGUAUAUGUACUGAUGAAUCAAGUUCAGGUCUCGAGUCGCUUGACCUUUUGAUUGUUUUCAUUGGAGAAUCCAGGAAGAGAAAGAAAGAAGACCAUGGAAGCUUAUACUUGGCACAAAGUAGCUGCUCUUUCUGGAGUAGCAGCACUUGGUUUAGGUACUUAUGGUGCCCAUGUUUUCAAGCCUCAAAAUCCUGCUUACAAAGAGGUUUGGCAAACUGCAUCUCUAUAUCAUCUUGUUCAUACUGCUGCUCUUGUUGCUGCCCCUAUCACCAAACGCCCCAACAUUUUUGGGGGCCUUUUGACAGCUGGGAUUCUUGCUUUCUCUGGGACGUGUUAUACUGUUGCAUUACUUGAGGACAGAAAGUAUGCUACCUUGGCUCCAUUUGGUGGCUUUGCAUUUAUUGCUGCUUGGGCAAGCUUGCUUUUCUGAGGAAGGAACUUCCUGAAAUAGAGAGAGAAGCCUGUAUCUUUCUCUGUGUUGUGCCUGUGGCAUUUAUGAUUCAAUUGCUGCAAUUUGUUUGAUGCCGUGUAAAUUAAAGAAAUGAUUCUUGAUAGUUGAUGAGAGAUCCUGGCAUGGCCUGGUGAGUUUUCA